CAGAAAACAUAUCUGCCAUCUGACAGUGCAGACAGAGAUUUUUCAGAUGGCACAGCAAGACACCAGAACUCUGGCCGGAGGCUGCUUUGGGAAGGUGUACAGGGAGAAGUACAAGGACCAAUGGGCUUGCAUCAAGAGGGUUCCAAUCGGCCUCAUACGCAUGGCAGACCUAGAGAGAGAGUGCAAAGUGUAUCGCAAUGCACAGCAUCUCAAUGUGGUGAAGCUAUUGGGAGACCCAUGGUUGAAAGAAUCCAAGUGGAACAUUCCUCUUGAAUUCAUCACAGGCGAAGAACUUGAGACAACAAUCUUCUGUUCUCAGAAAUCUAAAAUAAAGUUGACCUCUACUGUCAGAGGAACCAUUAUCAGUGGCAUGUGUGCAGGGCUGUUUCAUCUUCACAGUAAAGACAUUGUGCACCAGGACAUUAAACCUGACAACAUCAUGGUGGAACAUGAAACUAACCGGCCCGUCAUCAUAGAUCUAGGACUGGCUAAAUUCUUCAAGGAUGGAAAAACGUCGGCCAUAAACGUAGGCAACGAGGCUUACUCCGCUCCUGAAAUCCUGCUGUGGCAGGGUGUGCGGGACAAACGCUCAGACGUCUGGGCGAUGGGCAAGGUCAUCGCUGAGCUGUGCGCCAGGGUCAGACUACCUACGCACGCCGUCACGCCCAGCAAAAUCCAGGAGACCCUAGCUGCCCAUCCUUACAGCGUAGCAGUGUCCAAAAUGGUGGACAGCAAUCCUGAUACCAGAAUCCCCAUGGCUUUAGUGAUGGCUGAUAUCAAGAGAGCAGAGGGAAAGGUGAGAGAGGAGGAGGCUCGGGCAAGGGAGGCAGCAUCAGCUCAUCCUGGUCUUAAGGCUGGCGUAGGUCUUGCUGGUGUCGCUAACGACAAAACAGGGCUGCACCAGAGAGGGGGCUUGAAUGUACCCUCUCCAGCAGAGGUGAGGAGAAGCCCAUCACCUGUAACAAGCAGAUUUCAGCCGUCACCUCAACAGGUGAAAAAAGAGGUCAAGACUGCCGUGGAGGUGAACCCUGGAACAGGUGCUCGAUUUGGGGGAGCAGGUGUGCGGGACAAACGCUCAGACGUCUGGGCGAUGGGCAAGGUCAUCGCUGAGCUGUGCGCCAGGGUCAGACUACCUACGCACGCCGUCACGCCCAGCAAAAUCCAGGAGACCCUAGCUGCCCAUCCUUACAGCGUAGCAGUGUCCAAAAUGGUGGACAGCAAUCCUGAUACCAGAAUCCCCAUGGCUUUAGUGAUGGCUGAUAUCAAGAGAGCAGAGGGAAAAGGUGAGAGGAGGAGGAGGCUCGGGCAGGGAGGCAGCAUCAGCUCAUCCUGGUCUUAA